GGAGGAAUUAAUGUAUUGACUGUCUUUAACUCCAAUGUAGAACGGUCUAUAGUACAUGAUUAUAUAAAUAAAACACGAACACUAAUAUACCUACCACAUGACCUCUAUAUAGUUAAUACAAUCGAACAAUAUAUUCGUAAAGAAACAGAGUACAUACUACUAAUUUAAAAGCUAUUUAUUUAUAUUGUUAAUAAUGAAUAAUUCCGCUGCUAAGGUUGGCGAAAUUUUCACUGAAGCUGGCGCCGCUUUUAACAAAUUGGCAGAAAUGAUAAUGCUUCUUCAUCCAAUAGCUGAAACUACACCAAGUGUGCAGGCGAAAACCCCAGUAAAGCGAAAGGCUACAGAUGAAAAAUAUGCACCAAGCACAUCGGGUCAACACACCGUCCACACAUCUAUUUCACAACAAGUUACUCUCAAUAUGCUGAAUGCUCCUGAACCAGAAAUGGAAGUUGAAAGCCUGGGUGGUGAUGUCAAGUUAGAGUUUGAGCCAAACACAGAGGAAAUUGUCACUUAAAGGGGCAAAUUUGAGUAAUUUAGUGAA